GUGAACCUCUCGUGUUUAAAAUUCAGUACAAAAUUUCUGAAAAAUCCACCAGAGAUAAGAUUGGAAAAUCAUCAGUUAUAAAAGUUUGAGCUAUCAAAGUCUCGUCAUUUUUUUGUACUAGCUGCUCAGUCACGAUGGGGUCUGUUGGUGUCUUUGUCUGGUCUGUGGUUUGUCUGACGGUACUCAAUCUUCAUUUAGCAGCUUGUGGGGAUGAAACAAUAUGCGCAGACAACCACUGGACCAGCGGCAACCACCCCCACCCCCUGUACUGUGACCGCUAUGUUCAGUGUAGUGGCACCACGACCCAGGUCAUACACUGCACACCCAACACUGGCUUCGACCCGUCCACCGCGCACUGUGUGACCAACGCGCCAGCAUGCAAUGAUGCACCUGUGACGGUAGAUACAAGCUCUGGAAUAUGCCGUGACAACAACUGGCAGAGUGGGGUCCACCCCCACCCCGACACAUGCGACCAGUACAUCAUGUGCUACGACUUCGCCACGCAGAUCCUCAACUGUCAAGCUGGACUCAAGUUCGACCCGACCAAGGGUGCCUGCGUCGCUGCUAACAUUGCUGAACCCUGCAAUGACCACACAGGCUCCGGCGGUCUGUGCAGAAAAGCUGACAUCCUCUUCAUCAUCGACUCCUCCUCCAGCAUCGGCUACAGCAACUACAGCAAGCAGCUGGAGUUUGUCCGCAGGAUGACCACCUUCUUCCCCCUUGACGCCGACAACGUGAGGUUUUCCGUCAUUGUAUUCGCCACUGACGCCGUGCUCGCUAUCAGGUUCAACGACUUCUAUGAUCACAUGUCACUUACUAGGGCCAUCCAGAACCUGACGUAUGUGGGGGCCGCCACAAACACAUACAAAGCCCUGCAGCUGGCACAGUCGAGUGCCUUCACCAAGGCUAACGGUGCCAGAGAUGGUGUGCCACACAUCACGGUUGUACUCACUGACGGCAUGUCCAGCGACUACGGCCUGACGGUCAACGAGGCCAGCAGGCUCAGGUCAAUGGGGGUCAUCGUCCUGGCUGUGGGUAUAGCUGCAGCCAAUCGUACAGAGCUAGAAGGGAUGACCGGAUACCGCGGGUCUGAGGCCAACAAGUUUGUUUUCUAUGUGGAGAAUUUCGAUCUGCUGCAUACCUUACAGGAUGAUGUCCCGCUCGCUACGUGUCAGGCAGUGACCGGCGCAGCGUGUCUGGACAUAUCCGUGGCCGACAUCAUCCUUGUCAUGGACUCCUCAAGCAGCAUCGGCUACAGCAACUACCAGAAACAGCUCACCUUUGCCGCCAACCUAACGGACAACUACAACAUCGGGGAGAGCGCGGUCAAAUUCGGGGCCAUCAGCUACGGUACUGAGAUCGUGAAGAUCUUUGAUCUUAAAGAUCAUCAGAAUCAUGCAGCGAUCAGACAGUCUCUGUUGGGCUCACAAUACCUGUCCAGCAGUACCAACACAGCAGGGGCACUCCAGAAAAUCGUGACAGACAACAUGUUUGGGCCGGCGUCUGGCGGACGGAACAACGUCACUAAAGUCGUCAUCACCAUGACGGAUGGCGAGUCCAACAACGUUGCCCAAACUAAAGCCGAGGCCCAGCAGCUCAAGGCCAAAGGUUACAAGAUGAUCUCUAUUGGGAUAGGAAGUCAGGUCAACCAUGACGAGCUGACCACCCUCGCCACCAGCACCAACGAGAUGUUUUUAUCUCCCGGAUAUGACGUCCUACACAUGUUGAACGAGGACAUUCUGACCAGGUCUUGUGGAGUGCCUGGCAACAUUCCCAUCACGGUAACUACAGGUGAGGUUUGGGACAUUUGCCGACAGCAGAACUGGGUCAACGGUAUCCACGCCAACCCGUUCGACUGCACUAAGUUCAUCGAGUGCACGUACCUGCACACGGCCAUCAUGAACUGCCCUGCUGGUCUGCUGUACGACCCCAGUUUGAAUACCUGCACCUUCGCAAACUCCGUGUCCGUCUCUUGCCUGGGCUACGGCUACAACCCUGCCCUGGGGGUGGGUGGCUCGGUGAUCAUCACCCAGACAACCCCUGCCACCAAUUUUGACGUUCAAAACACGUGUAGGAUCAACAACUGGAAUACCGGGAUCUACACCCACCCCUACGACUGCCGGUACUAUAUCGAGUGUCAUUCAUACACGACCCAAGUUGUCCCCUGCCCUCUGAACUUUUUAUAUGACCCCACGGUCAAGAGGUGCGAGGAUCCCAGCUACGCUCACCCCUGCAAUGACUACAGCCCUGGGGUCGUGUCGACCACAAACUUUUAUCCAACCGUGGGGCCACAGCCCGUGGAUUAUAUAUUGAACGUCUGCUCCACCCACCGGCUGUCCGACGGCCUGUACCCCGACCCCGGGAGUUGCAGCCAUUUUGUGGAGUGUGUCAACCAGAUCACCUACCACAUGGAGUGUCCAGACGGCCUCCAUUUCAACACACACGCGCUCAACUGUGACGACGUCCAUCUGGUCAACUGCAAUGACAACUAUCGAUAUGUUUUCUGAUUGACCUCCAUUUUGGUCGUUCUUAGACCUCAAUGUUGGUCGCUCAUAGAACUCGUUGUUGGCCUAUCAUAGACCUCAAUGUUGGUCGUUCAUAGACCUCGUUGUUGGUCGUUGAUAGACCUUUAUGUUGGUCGUUGAUAGACCUCUACGUUGGUCGUUCAUUGACAUUUAAGUUGGGCGUUCACCGACUUUCAUAUUGGUCGUUAAUAGAACUCCAUGCUGGUCGUUCAUAGACCUUCAUGCUGGUCUAUCAAAUGCCUCCAUGCUGAUCAUGUUCUUGUAUUUGAAUAUGUUUAUUAUUGUAACUUAUCAAUCGCUUUCUUUAUUUGUCCAUUUUUUAACCUUCAUGCAACUCAAAUCAACCAGCACGUAUGACAUUACUGUUUAUAUUUGUUAACACAAUACAUGUUAGUUGAUACAA